AUGCAUUUAUAAGAGGUGGUGCAUUUAUAAAGCGUCCCUUUGAUAUAUUAAAAGGAACAAGAACAUCCUGCAACUUUAACUUUAGAAAGGAAGUUUUACAUAUCCUUUUCACACUGUAUCAUUUUUUUCUUUUUUUUUUCUAUUCCUUCUAUUUUUUUUGUCUGUCUUUCUUUCUUUAACUAAGAAUCGAGGUAUUUUAGUUUUGAUGAUAUUAAAAAAGAGAGCUAAAACGAACUCGAAGUACUGGUGAAUACAAAAGGACUGCGAACUUUAACAAUCUUUAUAACGCGAAAUCGGUCUAUGAAAUUGAACCAAUUUACAGCAUUCUUUGAAGACAGAGGAAAGUUCUGUUUAGUUACAUACAAACGUUUCGUGAUUUCAGUUUUGCCAGCAUGAAAUCAAAUCUAUCGGCUUGUAUGAGCUAUAUUAUCGCCCGUAUAAUGUCGAAAUGCCGAACAAGAAUACCUGAUCACACGGAAAUUACCGAGGAUACGUAUUCACACGGAAAUUACCGAGAAAACAUAAUCGCCAUUUCGGGUCUACUUACCAUUCAGUUGAGUACAUUAAUUAACAGUAAACACCAAAAUGUAUCAUCUAAACACGUUCUUCGUGUAAACAACAGAUUAAUGACAGUGCAGACAUUCCAUUCCCUAUUAUACUUUAGCGCUCUUACAGUUUCAUAUUAUGCAAAUAUGCACACAAAAAAAAAAAUUCCUGUUACAACGCGAUUAUACUUUUGAGCCGGCGAGUAUCGACCAUCCUGGCUAUGAUAACGUUAUCUAUUGAAAUGACUUUAGAGCGGCCGUAUUUUAUGAUAUUUUAUGACAACUGUCACAUACCGUAAUUCAUAUUUGCAAUACAGAUCAAUCUUCACAAUUAAAAAAAAAGAUUUGACGUUUGACGUUUUUAUAGGAUGUUAAACUUUGGAAUAUAACUUUGUAGUUUUGAUUGAAGCGCUAUUGAUAGAGUUUAGAAUAACUCUCAGACUGAUGGAUAAAACAAAUGAGUUUCGACGUAUUGAAAAUGGAAUUACUCGAAUGGCGGUAUUGCUAAUAUUGGUAUUGUUGCUUGGUGUAGUGGAAGGAAGAGACAAUGAUGCUGAAAGUCAGACUGCGUGCCGAAAGUUUACAGCUGAUAAAGAAAUUCAGAAUCUCAUAGCGUCUGGUCGAAGAGGAGCAGAGCCAUGUCCUUGCAUUGAACAGAAAAUCAUACUUGAUAAAACGUUUGAGAAAACUGAAAAUUGUUACAGACAGUGGUUCUUUCAGGAGGGCGCAAAACAAAUGUGUUGCUACAGUGAAAAUGGUAACCUGAUCACUGAAGGUUCAUCUGCUGGAUAUCUUCUACUUGAGAGCAGGGAGGAAGUCAUCGGAAGAGCUCAUAAACACUGUUGUGGAAACGAUUCAAUUAUCUAUAAACAUUCAUGCCAAUCAUUCUAUGAAAUCAAUUCACCAGACAAUUGCAGUGCAUAUCAUCCACCGUCAGCAGUUACAUCUUCGGGUGAUCCUAGGAUUGAAACAAUAGAUGGAAAUAACUACUAUGAUUUCAAUGGUCAUGGAGAAUACGUAUUUCUCACUGAUAACACUAAUUUUGAGAUACAAGCUAGGACGGGGUACGUCGUGAAAGGAAACAAUGAUUCAACGAUGUUUACAGCUUUCGCGUUAUCUGAUAAACAAAAUGGCGAACAGAUAGAACUACACUAUGAUAGAGGUGUAAAUGAUAUACGCUUCUACCGAGACGGCACAUAUAAUGCAAUUUGUAACGCAUCAUCUCCAAAAGGAAACGGGGGACUAUAUCCCUGUGAAAUGCCUACACAAUAUAGCUGUCAAGUUCUAGCUGGUGGUGGACAAAUUAUUGUCUAUAAAUGUGGUUUUGGCGACUAUGCAAAACAGAUAGUUUUCGGAACUGAUAAUUUUAUGAGUAUACAGAUUACCCAUUCUCGAAAAAACGUCAGUAGAGAAAACUUAACUGGACUUGCAGGACACCAAGAAGACGGUUUCUACAUAAUGCGAAAUAAGUCACGAGUAGCUGUAAAUGCAUCUGCCUCUAAGCGGUUUGAUUUUGCAGAAUCUUGGUCUCUACGAAACGAGUCAGAAAGUCUGUUCUAUUAUAAUGACACCGGCGGAAAUUUCAUAUUUUAUAACAAACACCAUACUCGUCCGAAAUUCCUUGAAGAUUUUGUGGGAAAUCUAACAGCACUGUUCGGGAACUUUACAGACGAAAAUAUCACACUUUUCAACAAUACAUGCAGGAAUUACUGGAACAAUGAUCCUAACGAGCAGUGUUUGCUCACUAUAGCAAGGACAGGGGAUUAUAGUCUUGGAGAAGCAGUAAUGGUAGAGGUAAAUGCAACACGUCGCAAGUGGGAGAUAAUGAACAACAUUCCUCCAAAAUUUAAAAGUGGCGAAGUCAAAGGCAUAACAAUAAUACAUGAUCAAAUAUGGGAAUUCAAUUUCACAGAACAUGUUAAAGUAGGAACACAGAAUGAUCUAAAUUACACAGUCCAUACAGAAAUUCCGAAGGAGGAAUAUAAUCUCACGUCAGAUGGUACGUUUACGUGGCUUGUAGGCACAGGUUUAAGAGAAAAGGAAGCAAGUAUUACCUUUAUAGCAAAGGACAGAUUGAAUGGCACUGCAAGUAAACGUAUCAUGAUUACUUAUUGUGGCUGUGAAACUGCUGAUGAAUGUGAUUUCAACGUGACCCAAGAAGCAAAUACAAAUAGUUCAGUCGGUUUUACCAGGGCAAACUGCAAUUGUCCUGAAUAUUAUACUGGUGAUUUCUGUGAGAAAUGGAACGAUCCCUGCGCAAAUAUAAGUUGUUUUGACCAGAGCACAUGUAAUGGAAAUAUUUCAAAACAAGAAGUCGGUGAUUCCUGGCCAUGUGCUAAAUGCAACGCAGGAACAAAAAGCAUGGGAUUUAUCGGUGGAAAACAAACGUGUUCAGAUGUGAAUGAAUGCUUGCUCGAUUCCGAUGGAUGUCAACAUCACUGUAAUAACACAGAUGGUUCUUACUUUUGUGAAUGUAAUUCUGGAUACGAGUUGGAGAGUGAUGGACAUAGCUGUAAAGACAUAGAUGAAUGCACUAGACACACACAUUUCUGUAGCAAGAAUGAGCUUUGCGUAAAUACUAAGGGUAACGCCACUUGUCAAUGUGCGCCUGGAUACAACAGAAAGAUGAAAAAUGAUUCUUGUACGAAAGUAGAAGGAGGAUCUUAUGCUGGGUCUAUAGUAUUUCAGCUGGUGGAGGUCAACCCAAAGGCCAACCCAGUAAACGGACUUUCCAAUAAAUCAAUUAACACUGAGAAAAAUCGAAACAUCAUUCAGCAGAAGCUAAAUGAGGGUUUCAAAGAUACAGAAGGAUAUAUAGAUGUUGAAGUCAUCGAAUUGUAUGUUGUUCUACGAUUACCGAAUAAUUCUCGAAGCAGACGUGAAGCUAAAAAUAAAAAUAAAGAGUUCGACUUGCAUUCGAAUUAUGUUGUUACUAUGAACACGACGAAUGAAGACUCGAACAAGAUACUGAAUGCACUAAGACAUUCAUUUGAAAAUUCGAACGCUAAAAAUGGCGAUAUAAACUUGGGGAAUACCAACUUGAAAGUUUUUACAAGUACUGCAAGGAUCAAGGAUUUGCCCGAAAAAUUUUGCACAUUUAAAGACAGAGUUAACUGCGAUUUAGAAACUACAAUCUGCAAAGAUACUGAUGGCGAUUAUGAAUGCAACUGCAAACCAGGUUACGAACGUGCCACAAAUAGUAAAACAUUCUGCAACGAUAUAGAUGAAUGCACCGUCAGUAAAUCUAGUAUGGAGUCAGACCUGUGUGUUAAAGGAAUAUGUGAAAACACCCCAGGAUCUUGGCAAUGUAACUGUAAACCAGAUACCAAGCUAAAGAAUACAACCCAUCAAAAUAUUUUACGUUUUCGUUGCGAAGGUGAAUUCCAGUAUGUAGGAAAGGCUUCGGUAAUGGUCUCAACGCCUUCAUAUAAUACAUCAGAUGUGUAUGAGCUCUUCGAUGAAGUGUUAUCCGAUACCUUCAAUGGAACAGAGUUACCAUGUUUAGCCGACCAGAAUGUAUACACUUCCGACAUUUUCUGGGAUAUUGAAGUUCUGAACAAAAGCUCCGAAGUUUACAACUCGUCAUUGCUGACAGUCUAUUAUAUUCUUCAUCUUGGAGAAUCCUUAACAAAUGAGCAGGUUGAUCAAGUCCAGAAUGGGACGCUUUCAAAUAUUGUCGGGUGCUAUUUCAAUAAUUCACAGGUUAACAUCACCCUUAUGCACUCUUCUAUUUUUGAAGAGGAUAGCUAUAAUCUGUGUGAUAUAAAGGGUAAAACAAACUGUGUACUCGAAACAACAAACUGUGCAGUUGGCAAUGGAUCAUUUUCUUGCCCCUGUAAAAACGGAUAUAGGUCUUACAUAUCAAAUUAUUGCCUCGACAUUGAUGAAUGCAAAGAAGAUUUGGUAAGUUGUCCUGGGGGCAGUUGUAGCAACACAGUAGGAAACUGGACUUGUAACUGCAACAGCACAUCCGAAUUUAAAUGGAUCAAUGAAACUUACGGCGAAUGUCUUGAUAAGAACGAAUGCGAUUAUCCUGAAAAAUAUCGAUGCCGAGGGCCUAGCAAUUCGUCUAUAUGUGUUGAUAAAGUUGCUGGAUGGAGUUGCGAAUGUGCAAAUGGUUACACACCAAGAAAUAUUACAGAUGAUAUAAGAUUAUGUGAAGAUAUCGACGAAUGUUUGACAGAUAAACUGUCUUGUCAAGGAGGAACAUGUCAAAAUGUAGACGGAAGUUUUCAUUGUUUUUGUCCUUCUGGUUUUACAAACAGCGCGUACAGUAUUAAGCCAUACCAUGCUAUACAUGCAACAUACAAUGCUACGCAUAUAACAUGUACAGAUAUAGAUGAAUGCAAUGAAACAGAAGUCAACCAAUCAUGCAUUAAAGGUGAUUGUAUCAAUAUACCCGGAAAUUGGACAUGCUACUGCAGCGAUGAAAUAUAUAGUACUAGAAAGGAAAUUAUCAAUGGAACAUUUAGAUGCCUGGGUGACUUUCAGUACGUAGGUUAUAUGAGACUUCUCUGGGUUGCUAAUGCGACUAUAAACUCUACAAAAGCUGACGCUUUCUUUCACGACAAGAUCACAGGCAUGUUUAAGAACUCUACCAUCAGACUUAGAAAUAAAACUGAUGAUUCCUUUACUGUGUCGGACAUUUUCAGGAAUUUAUCAUUAAUCCAGAAUAUUAGUAUGAGAGAUUCUGAAGGACAUUCGUAUUCAAUUAAUAUAACUUACAUCGUUCAAAUCGGUGAGCCUUUAGCCACAAAGUAUGUGAAGAAUUUUCAAAAUGAGAUCUUCAAGCAGCGGAAUCCGUUGUCGGUUGAGCCUGGUCCAGAUACCGUAUUUUUGUCUGACGUUUCGAUAUAUGAUGAUUCAGUCUACAGUAUAUGCAAUAUCCCUGGGAAGACCAAAUGCGAUGUGAACACAACAAAGUGUAUUGCCAGCAAAGGAAGCUAUACUUGCCAAUGCAAUGAAGGCUACUAUAACAAUACAGAUAAUAAAUCUAGAUGCACAGAUAUUGAUGAAUGUGUUGAUGGAAAACAUAACUGUCCCGCUGGUGCACAUUGCAGUAAUACAAUGGGAAAUUGGACGUGCAAAUGUCCGUCAGGCUAUGAGCCAAACUUUAUAGACAAAAAAAAUAUCUCAUGCAUAGACGUAGACGAGUGUAACAAUACAUCCAAAUAUAAGUGCAAUGGACCGGAUGGUUCGUUUUCUUGUAUAAACACUGUCGGUGGGUGGCAUUGUAAUUGUACCGACGGAUAUUCUGCGAUUAACGAUACAGAAGAUCACAGGAAAUGUGAAGAUGUAAAUGAAUGUGAUGAAGCCUUAUCAUGUAUUGGUGGUAACUGCACUAAUAAAAAUGGGACCUUUGAAUGCACGUGUCCGCCUGGUUAUAAUCACACAGCCUAUGGUUCAGGAAAUAACAUAAAUUGUACAGAUAUAAAUGAAUGUAGUCGUCAAGAUAUCAAGGAGUCGUGCAUAAAUGGCCAGUGUCAAAAUGAAGACGGCAACUGGAGUUGCAAUUGCAAUCACAAUAUAUAUAAUACGCUUAAAUACAUUGGUAAUGGGACAUACAGGUGCCUUGGUGACUUUCAGUAUUUUGGACGUACAACAUUCGUUUCGCUAUCGUCUUUGAAUUCAGCUAGUAUAAACAAACCGCAAGUUAAGAUGAAUUUUAACGAAAAG